AUGGCGACCGCAACCGCACCUGCAACCGCAGCCUCCUCCAUCCUGAACCACGCCUCCCAAACCUACAACUUCCGCUUCUCGCCCUUCCUCCGCGCCACAUACCAGGUCGGCCUACCGCUCGAUCGGCCCAUAUGCAAAGCAUACCAAUCCGGCAGCUGUCCAAACGGCACGCGAUGCACAGAGCGGCACGUCCAGGACGCCAAGACGGCGCAGGCAACAGGUGGCCUCAAUUCGCUCGUGUGCAAGCACUGGCUACGCGGGCUCUGCAAAAAGGGUGAGCACUGCGAGUUCCUGCACGAAUACAACCUUCGCAAGAUGCCCGAGUGCAACUUCUUCAUGAGGAACGGGUACUGCUCCAACGGCGAGGAGUGCCUCUACCUGCACGUCGACCCGUCGUCGAGGCUGCCGCCUUGUCCGCACUACGACAUGGGCUUCUGCCCUCUGGGCCCGCUGUGCUCCAAGAAACAUGUUCGGAGGAAGCUGUGUGUGUUCUACUUGGCCGGGUUUUGCCCGGAGGGCCCGGAGUGCAAAGCCGCGCAUCCCAAGUGGAGCAAGGAUCUGGACAAACCGACUGUCAAGGCGGAUGGGAAGGAGGAGGAGGAGGAUGGCCAUGUGGACAGUGGGAUGAGGGGCGACGACGAUGGCAGCGAGAGGGUGACGAGAGACGGGAUGGGACGUGGCGAUAGGGAUAGGGACCGGGAUAGGGAUCGGGAUCGGGACAGAGACGAUGGUAGGCACGGGGGCAGGUUUAGAGGCGGUGGGAAAUGGAGAGGUGGAAGGGGCGGCCGGUUCAGAGGAAGAGGGCAUUGA